CACCGUUUCGCGCAUCAGUACAUCAUAACGCUUCGAUUCGAGCGGACUCGUGCGCUCGAACCUUCCUAUUCAACACGGACAUUGGCGCGUGUAUUCGGUGCUACUCGAUGCUACUCGGUGCUCCGGCAUCUAUCCGUUACAGCGUGAGACUUCGAAUGUUUAUCCGGUGAACGCUGAAACCGUUGUGAAGGGUGAUACGCGGUGAUCGUGAUAAGCCGCUCAAAAAGUGAAGUUUUUUUUCUCGAAUGAACCGUGCAUCGACCACCUACUCGAUGGAUUGGACGGACAGAACGGUGAUCGAGGAUCAGCAGAGUGUGGACGGGCUGCAGUUUCGACCGGAUCAGCGGCACCUGGAUCAACAACCGGCUCACCAGCAGCAACAUCUUCUGCAGCAACCUCUGCAGCAACCGCUACUGCAACCGUUGCAGCAAGUGCACUUGCCUUACGUGCCACAUUCGUCACCUCCAAGCCAACAUCAUGCGCAACAUGCUCCACCGACACUCGCGAUACCGAUUGCCGAUGCAUUGCGCCAUCGAACCGCCGAGGCCGAUUCGAUAGGAUGCGUGGAGGUGUUGGCCACCGUCUGCUCGAUCGUGCUGAUGGUCCUCACGCUGCCAAUAUCGUUGUUCCUGUGCUUCAAGGUCGUCCAGGAGUACGAACGUGCCGUCAUCUUCCGGCUCGGUCGACUGCGGUCUGGUGGUGCCCGUGGCCCGGGUGUCUUCUUCGUGCUGCCCUGCAUCGACAACUACUGCAAGGUGGAUCUGCGUACGGUUUCAUUCGAUGUACCACCGCAAGAGGUCCUAACGCGUGAUUCCGUUACCGUGUCCGUCGAUGCCGUUGUUUACUAUCGGAUCCGUGAUCCACUGAAUGCCGUCGUACAGGUGGCCAACUAUAGCCAUUCGACACGCCUGCUGGCGGCCACAACACUCCGGAAUGUGCUCGGUACACGGAACCUGUCGGAGCUGCUGACGGAGCGAGAAGCCAUUUCGCAUUCGAUGCAGGUGACGCUCGAUGAAGCGACCGAUCCGUGGGGUGUUCAGGUGGAGCGUGUUGAAAUUAAGGACGUUUCGCUGCCGGAUUCGCUGCAACGUUCGAUGGCGGCCGAAGCUGAGGCAGCUCGUGAGGCACGUGCCAAGGUGAUUGCGGCCGAGGGUGAGAUGAAGUCAUCGCGAGCGCUGAAGGAAGCAUCGGACAUUAUGUGCGAGAGCCCGGCCGCUCUGCAGCUGCGUUACCUCCAAACUCUCAGCAGCAUCGCUGGAGAGAAGAACUCAACGAUCGUGUUCCCGCUGCCGAUCGAACUGAUUGGUCCGCUGAUGAACUUCACUUCGUCGCUUGGUGUUGCACGGACCACUGGGCCCGUUCCGCAUCCUCCUCCACCGACGAUGAUGCCGUCUUCGUCCACGAGCACCUCGUCGCCUCAGGCCGAUCCAGGACAUCAGGCGCAGAUUGAGUAGCAGCAACUACCGCAGGUGCACUUGCAACGACGACACCAUCACCAGCACCGGAGGUAUCACCACCAGCAGCAGCAGCAACAGCUACAGCAGCAUCAGCAGCAGCAACACCGUUCCCGGCACCACACGACCGGGGAGAGGAAGCGCGAAACCGGACCGAACCCACUUGGGUCCAUCUCGAUGUACUCCCUAUCCUCGGCGGAAGAUUCUGCCCUCUGCUCGCCCACCAACCGGGUGGCGCGGUUCAUUCUAGACCUCUAAAAGAGAUAACGAAAGAGAGAGAGACACGCAUCCAGGGCAUCCGUGUCGAUCCGGCCGCCAAAAACGCAAUGGGCCGGGCCUUCUAAUGGCAUUCACUUACCCUUCCCUUCCCCCCCAAAAGAUAGUUGUUGAUGUUUUUACACUAAAAACGGUUCAUUUUUUUUAGUCUUGUACCUCUUUUUGUAAGCAUUUUACUGUUACUAAAUGAAGGAAUUUGUAAAUAAAAUCGUAUUCGUGCCGAUAACCAA